UCUGCCCGCCGCCCGGCGGACGAGGGAAGCGGGGAAGGCGGCCGUGGGGGCGGGGCGGCGGCGGGCCUUAGGCGAGCUCGGGGAGGAGCGCGGUAGCGACGGCGGCAGCAGCUCCCGGAGACGAGGACGAGGAGGAGGCGGAGGCUCUUUCCUCAUCCCAGACCCAGGAGCGUCCGGGACGCAGCGCCCGGAACUGGGGGACGCGGCGGCUGCGGGGAGCCCGGGCUAGACCCUGGAAGAAGACAUGACUGUCUGCAAUGAUACAUCCUGACAAGAAGUUAAUACCAGAGAAGGAAAAGAAUUUGACAGCUAGUGAACAGAAUUUUAAACAACCAGGAUUUUGCAUUUGUUACUUCUAACUACAGACUUCUAUUGCCUACUUUUAAAUUAUCAGGAUUCCCAGAAUUUGGACAAGAUAUUUUCUUCUGUAUUUUUUUUUUUAACAUUGAGAAAACUGCAAUGUCUAGGAAACAAAGCCAGAAGGAUUCUUCAGGAUUCAUUUUUGAUUUGCAGUCCAAUACUGUAUUGGCCCAGGGAGGAACUUUUGAGAACAUGAAAGAGAAGAUAAACGCAGUGCGUGCAAUAGUUCCUAAUAGGAGCAACAAUGAAAUCAUCCUGGUUUUGCAGCACUUUGAUAAUUGUGUGGACAAAACAGUACAAGCAUUCAUGGAAGGCAGUGCCAGUGAAGUCCUCAAGGAAUGGAUAGUAACAGGCAAGAAAAAGAACAAAAAGAAGAAAAGCAAACCAAAGCCUGCAUCAGAAGCAAAUAACAGUGUCCCAGACUCCAGUAAGUCAGUACCCAUUAAAGAGGAACAACCUUCAUCUUCAGAGAAAGGUGGCAUUAAUGGUUACCAUGUUAAUGGUACCAUCAAUGAUGCUGAGUCUGUGGACUCACUCAGUGAAGGUUUGGAGACACUUUCAAUAGAUGGCAGAGAAUUGGAAGAUCCUGAGUUUGCCACACCAGAUACACUGGAUAGAACCGGAUCUGUGCUGGAGAAUGGCGUCUCUGACUUUGAGCCCAAAUCUUUGACUACGCACUCUGUUCCGAAUGCCCAGCAAUCCCGGAAUGCUGCCAAAUCUCUCUCAAGAGCCACCACAGGAGCCCAGGUUUCAAAUCUGGGAAUGGAGAAUGUUCCAUCGUCUUCUACCAAUAAAAAGCUAGGUUCUAGCAUUGAGAAGUCUGUGAAAGACCUCCAGCGCUGCACUGUGUCUCUCGCGCGGUACCGAGUUGUGGUUAAAGAAGAGAUGGAUGCAUCCAUCAAGAAAAUGAAGCAGGCUUUUGCUGAGUUGCAAAGCUGUUUAAUGGACCGAGAAGUGGCGUUGCUUGCAGAAAUGGACAAAGUGAAAGCUGAAGCAAUGGAAAUUUUGCUCAGCCGGCAGAAGAAAGCAGAAGUUUUGAAGAAGAUGACGGAUGUGGCUGUACGGAUGUCAGAGGAGCAGCUGGUUGAACUCAGGGCUGAUAUCAAGCACUUUGUCAGUGAGCGGAAGUACGAUGAAGACCUGGGAAGGGUGGCCCGGUUCACCUGUGAUGUGGAGACUCUGAAACAGAGUAUCGACUCAUUUGGACAAGUGUCCCAUCCAAAGAACAGCUAUUCAACCAGAUCUCGAUGCAGCUCGGUGGCGUCUGUGUCCUUGAACGGCCCAGGUGACGGGUCUGCUGCUUCCUCUUCCCCCUGUGCCUCUGUUCCCAGCUUUCCAGGUGCUAACAAGAGACACUGUGCCCCAGGAGAGACUUCAGCAGCCAUGACAGACUCCAGUGACGGACCCAGCCAGGCUCAUCGGGAGGUAUUUCCAGGAAACCGGCGAGGAGGCCAAGGCUACAGACCACAAAGCCAGAAGACCACUGACCCCACAAGCCAAGGGCGGCAUGACAGUGCAAGUCGCCACAGAAACAACUCGUGGUAUUCAUCUGGGUCCCGCUACCAGGGUACUCCACCUCAGGCCUCAGGAAAUGCUAGUGAAUGGAGCCAGGCUUAUUCUUCAGGGACCAAUGGAGUUGGAGCCAGCAUGACGCCUAGCCCACCCAAGCCUUCAUUCAAAAAGGGGCUUCCACAGCGCAAACCGAGGACCUCUCAGGCUGAAGCUGUGAACUCUUGAGGGAAAUUCCAGUUGGCUUCUCUCUUCUAUCCCAUUCAGUUCAGUCUAGUAACUGGGCUUUAGGAAAUGUAUACUUAGAUAUAAAAACAAAAAGAAAUUUAUGCAUAUCACAUUGGGCCAUCCUAAAUAUUUUUGCUUUCUCCUCUUGUUAUUUUUUGAGAGAAAGCUGUUUUUCCUUGGCCUUUCCUAGUGAUAUGGACUGACCCGGUUGGUCAUUUUCACCAGGAAUGAGGACAACUAUGGUUGGUUUUCCCAGGGGUAAGCAGCCUUUCGCCCAGUGCGCUUGUCUUCCAGCUGCCCGCAGAGGCUGUCUUAGAGGAAGGGUGACAGUGCUAGUCUGUCACCUUUCCAUUCGGAGCAGACGCCACGGGUCUGCCAGGUUCCCACUCAGUGUCGGGCAGCAGUGAGGGGACUUCAUACAGUAGUGACUCAGCCAGGAAAGGGAACUCAGCGUUAAUGUGUGAAGAGGUGCGAACACUAGGAAUCAUUUGAGAACCUGCCUCUCUUCGGAAUGUGCCUGAGAUCAGACGCUCAAAUCAGGGUUUCAGUCCCAUGCUUGGCACUGACCUUAACCUGCAGUUUCUUCAAAAUGCCCAAAGCCUUGUUUCCUCUUACCUCAGGCUGCAACCCAGUCUAAAGAAGUCUGUGGGGAAGUAGCAUUUUUAAGUUUUUAAAAGGAAAAAAAAAUGUUUUUUCUUUGUUUUAGUGUUUUGGAGAUUUUUGUUGUUCUCGCCCUUCCCUGAUUUGGUUAGGAACCAAUCUCUAGUAAUAUAAUUAGUGUUAAUCUGAGGGUUACUCAGCACAAUCGUUGCGGUCGUCUUUACAGGUGAAUAAAUAAAAGCAACUGCAUCAA